UCCAGCAACACCAGUCGCAAUUGUAAAUAGAGCAGAAUCUACAAAUUUAAUUGAUUAAUUAUGCUCAUUAUUGUAGGCACAUAGUAUUUUGUAUUUAUUUCUUAUACAGGGGCAUCACGAGCCCAGCGUGGCCGCACUUUUAAUUCGGAGACAUGGGUAAGCACAGAACCGCCCAGCAGGAUGCAAUAUUCGUCGCGUUUAUGGAGCGGCAUCCAAUCAUUUCGAAAAAUUACCUUAAAGGCGACAAGCAAGCGGCGGAGGCAGCCUGGAAAAGAUUGUCAAACGAACUGAACAGUGUAGGUCCGCCUACUAAGGAGGCCUGCGAAUGGAAACGGGUUUGGAAAGAUUGGAAAAGCUGCAUUCGAAAGAAGAUAACCAACAACAGACUAGAGGACUCCAAAGAUAGUGGCAAGGGUUCGCUGUACCAAGACACACUCACACCUCUAGAAGAUGCAGUCGCCGUGAUUUGUGACUUGUACGACAUGGCAGACACCAUCGUUGAAGCGCGUCCCAAGGCUCAAAUCGCAGUGUCGCAAUGCCCGUCUCUGCAGAGCUUAAAAACUGAUAACGACGAAGGGACGGUGACAGAAAACGAAGAUGAAGACGAAGAAGAUUGCAGCAACCCCAUAAAUAUAAGGAGUUUGGGUGUAAAGUUGGAGCCACGAACUACGCGAAAGUCUUCUAAACGAAAGCUACUUGAGGAAGAUGCUUUGGAAAUUGAACAAGACAACGAAGUUCCGGUUCUUAUGGACAUAGCAAAAGAACUUCGGAAUUUAAAUAGACAAACCCGCUUAAACGCCCAGCAAACUGAAGCUAAUACGGAGGCGUUGUUAGCUCUUGGUACUCAGAUAUCAGAUUUGAUGCAGCAGCAGUUAAAGGAGCGCAAACGCCUUAAUGCCAUAAUGGAAAAAUUUGUACUCAAAAUGGAAUCCACAGAAUAGGGCCUAAAUUAGGUGAAGCAAUUUAUAUGGUACGAAAAAUAAUGAAAAGGGGAUUUAUUCUUAGAAGAAAUUAAAAGCAACUCGGAAAAUACAAA